AUGGCUACUACCGAAAAGAAGAAGUGGUGGAAGAUACAGUGGUUUGCCGAAGACGACACUCCCGAAGAGCGCCGAUUUUUAACCAAGAUGGACUCAUUUGUCAUCCCUUACCUGUUUGUCUCUUUCUGGGUCAAGAACCUAGAUCAGAACAAUAUCAACAAUGCCUACGUCGCCGGCUUAAAGGAGGAUCUCGGCUUCUAUGGCAACCAGCUUAUCCAGCUUCAGACUAUGUACAUCGUUGGUGCCAUCGUGGGACAGGUGCCGUUCCUUUUUCUGUUCACAUACAUACCCAUGCAUUGGCUAUUGCCCGGCAUGGAUAUCGGCUGGGGUAUAUUCACUCUCGUGCAGUAUCGUUCCACCUCCUUUGCAGAGCUGGCUGCCUAUCGCUUCCUUGUCGGUAUUUUCGAGGCCGCGUAUUUUCCCGCCGUUCACUACGUUCUGGGAUCCUGGUACAAGCGGCAAGAAAUCAGUCGUCGCGGUGGGAUUUGGUACCUCGGCGUUCCUAUUGGCAGCUUAACGGCUGGCCUCGUUCAGAGCGGCAUCACUACCCGCCUUGACGGUGUCGGUGGUCUUUCUGGCUGGCGGUGGAUGUUUAUCAUCUGCUCCGUCAUCACUCUUCCCGUUGGUUUGAUGGGAUUCUUUGUUGUUCCGGGUACGAUGGAACAGCCCAACCGCCGGUUGUUUAGCGACGUGGAGCUCGAGAUCUCAAGAAAGCGACUCACCCGCAGUGGUCAUGCUGUUCAAGGCAAAUUCAAACUAGCACAUAUGAAGACCACGUUCACAAGCUUUUAUUUUUAUGUGGCUGUUCUUGUCGAUGUGCUAUUUUGGAACGGCGGUGCCAAUAGCGGCGCCUUCUUGCUAUGGCUCAAGUCUCUCAACCGUUACUCAACGGCAAAAGUUAACCAAUACGGAACUUUACCUUCCGGCCUCGGUAUCUUCUACACACUCGUCGUUAAUUUCUCCUCGGACUUGGUUUGGGGCCCGGCAUGGGGCAUCACGUUUGCUGCGACAAUGAAUGCGAUCGCAUUGUUAAUUUUAACAAUCUGGGACGUACCUGAAAGUGCCAAGUGGUAUGCAUUUUGCACAACAUCAUUUUCAUAUGCGCUUUCUAGUUCGCUAUAUGGCUGGAUCAACAACAUUCUACGCGACUCCCCUGGAACACGCUCAUUUACAUUGGUGUUUAUCAACAUCAUAGCCCAGUCGUCGACGGCAUGGUAA